UCCCUCCGUCUCGGCUCCGGUGCUGCUGCGGGAACCAGGCUGCACCUCUCGGCCAGGUGAGACAUUUCUGGAGUGCCUGCCUUUGGAAACCUCCCAACCCCCCGAGAAACAUGACGGAGACGGAGCCCUGCGCGGCCCCCGCGGCCCCCGGUAACGGCCAGUGCGAGGCGGGGCCCCAGCAGCAGCAGCAGCAGCAGCAGCUCCAGCAGCAGCAGCAGGACCGGGGAGACGGCUUCAGCAUGGACCAGGAGAUGAAGAUCACGGACAGCAUCGAUGACCGAGGCCUUCUGGAGAGCAGCAUGCGCCUGAAGCCUCACGAAGCUCAGAGCUACCGUAAGAAAGCCCUGUGGGUGUCCUGGGUGUCCAUCAUGGUCACCAUCGUCCUGGCCAUCGCUGCUUUCACGGUGUCCAUCAUGCGCCACAGUGCUUCAGCCUUCGGAUUUGCGUUUGAUGCCACGCUGGACGUACUCACCUCGGUCAUCGUGCUGUGGCGGUACAGCAACGCCGCCGCCGUCCACUCAGCACACCGCGAGUACAUAGCCUGCGUCAUCCUGGGCGUGGUCUUCAUCCUCUCCUCCAUGUGCAUCCUGGGAAAGGCCAUCCACGACCUGGCCACCAAGCUGCUGCCUGAAGUGGAUGACUUCCUGUUCAGCGUGUCCAUCGUCAGUGGUCUGGUCUGCAUCACCCUGGCCGUGAUCAAGUUCCUGCUGGGCCGAGUUCUGACCAGCCGGGCUCUCAUCACCGACGGGUUCAACUCGCUGGUCGGGGGGGUCAUGGGCUUCUCCAUCCUCAUCAGCGCCGAGGUCUUCAAGCACGAGCCCAAGGUGUGGUACCUGGACGGAACCAUCGGCGUCCUCAUCGGCCUGAUCAUCCUCGCCUACGGAGUCAAGCUGCUGCUGGACAUGAUCCCCCGGAUUCGGCAGACCAGGAACUACGAGCGCUUCGAGUGACGGACAGCCGGCCGGCCGAAGGUUUGGGAGGGAGGAG